UUUGAAACGUCAGGGAAAAUGAGGUUUCAAAUACACGAAGUACCUUUUGACGCGGACGACUUCGAAGAGCUAAUUGCCUGUGAAGUUGCCAGUUUCGACCGUCCACAGCAGUCAAUAUUCCGGUUCUUUUACCCGAUCUUCGGCGAAGAACCGCAGGAAGCCAAAGAUGUCGCCUUUACGAACCUGGUCGAGCUAAAACGGCAGUGGUGUCGAGACGAUCCCGACGCCCUGUGGCUCAAGGUCACAGACACCGAGCACCAGGGCAAAAUCGUUGGCGGGCUGCUAUUAAAGAUCCACCAAACGAAUCCCUUUGCGCGAAAGAGCAGCAAAGAAACCAGCCAGUCUGCCGUGUGGUAUCCCGCGGGGAGCCAGCGCGAGUAUAUCGACGAGUGUACUCGCAUUUUCAGCGAGCCGUACGAAAGAUACAUGCAGCGACCGCAUGUGUACCUUUAUAUCGGGUUUGUUCUCAAUGGAUAUCGACAGGCAGGCCUGGCCGACCUGCUUCUCGUGGCGGCGUGCCAGCGCGCUGAUGAACUCGGACUAGAGGCAUGGACAGAGGCAGUGCAACCGACGUCGCUGGUAGUUAAUAUGAGACAUGGGUUUAUUCCGUACCGAAAACUUCCAAUCGAGCCCACGACCGAAACUCCCGAUGACGAAUGGCUGCAGAUGGAGAGAAAAAUGCAGCCUUUGCGAUUCUGGCCGAUGUGGCGCCCGCCAUCUGGAAAGAUCGUGGUGGGCCACACAAUGCCUCCAUGGAGGGAGUUUAUGACGGGGAUGUUUAGCAGGUUAUAAUAAUAUUCCACGGCCGGAAAUGUUGGUGUAUUACGGACAAAUGAACAUGUUCAGCACAAUCAUCCGAAUACUGUACAUGCAUUGUGGCACUGCCAGGGAGAGAGGGCCAGUUUUCAUCCGGCUUAUGCUACUUGGAGGGCUCUCUCAUCUCUCGUUGAGGACCGAACUCCUCAGUCGAGACGAUGAACUCGAAAUGCUGUGUGACUAGACAAGGCAGAUUGCAGAAUUUGUUUUUCUGGUUCUUUGUUGGAGUACAAAUAAUAAUAAUACCUUUUUUAAAAGAUGUUCACCUGAGCUACUGUAGAUCCUAUAUGGAGGAUAAGGAUGUACAGAGUAGUCUUGUCUCCUGCUGUACAUCCGGACGAGGCCCCGAACACCUGUAACUAAAGAUCAACACGUUGAAUAAGUCAAAGUGAAAAAGA